AAUAGAGGGGAUUACACAGCUAGAAACAGAAGAGGGUGGGGUGCAUGCUCUUGUAUCUAACAUUUAUGCUGGUUCAGGCCAAUGGAAUGAGGCUGAGAGUGCUAGAGAGAAGAUGGAAGAUGGAAAAGUUUGGAAGAGCACUGGAUGUAGUGUUGUUCUUGAGGGAUGCUGAUGCAGCAUUGUAGAUUACUCCCUGCACCAGGUGCCUCUCUACAUCAAUGCGCGGCAAACUCAUCAGUCCAUCCUCCGCAUCUUAUAUUUCAAUUUUUAUCCUAUACGGAGUUAGGUUCUUUUGCCCGUUAGGAAAUUGAACGGUUGGAUUGAAAGUAUAAGAUCAUAACAAAGGUUGAAGGAGACACAUCGCAAACUCAUCAGAUGUACAGUUUCCCGAAGAGUUAACUAAAAAAUAUCAGUUUAUGUCUGCGUUAGGCUCCAUUCGAGAUUGUGGAAAAAUUGCAUUAUAUGCCACGAGAAAGCUGUUUUAUGUCAGAAUGUAAUAUUACACCACUACAUGCUUUGUUCGCAACUUCAUUUUGCCUAAGAGCAUUAGAUAGCCCUUAAUCAAUUUGGACUGGUUCAGGCCUUAACUAUUAGCCGGUCCACUGAAAAACGUCUUGGGCCUCAAUUAGGCCCAUCGAUGACCUGAACAGGGCUUUAGGCCGGGAGAGCUCAUUUUGGGGCCUUCUAUCGGCCGAGUUGGGGCUCCUUCCCCUCCCCGCUCUUCUAUUUCCAAAUUUCCGGAGGUGGGAGAAGGGAGAAGAAGAGACUAGAGAGUGGAGAGGGAGAGAGAGAGAGAGAGAUGGUGGGUUCACCGAUGGUGAACCUGUACCCCCUCGCGAACUACACCUUCGGCACCAAGGAGCCCAAGAUGGAGAAGGACACCUCCGUCUCUGAUCGCCUCGCUCGCAUGAAGGUCAACUACAUGAAAGAGGGGAUGCGAACAAGCGUCGAGGCAAUCUUACUGGUACAGGAGCACAGGCAUCCGCAUCUUCUGCUGCUACAAAUCGGAAAUACGUUUUGUAAACUUCCUGGUGGACGUUUGAAGCCUGGAGAAAAUGAAAUUGAGGGUUUGAAGCGAAAGCUCUGUAGCAAACUUGCGGUCAACUCGCCUUCCUUUUCACCAAAUUGGCAGGUUGGGGAGUGUGUUGCUGUGUGGUGGAGGCCGAACUUUGAAACGGUGAUGUAUCCAUACUGCCCUCCUCACAUCACCAAGCCAAAGGAGUGCAAGAAGCUCUUCAUUGUUCACCUAUCAGAAAGAGAAUAUUUUGCUGUUCCAAGAAACUUGAAGCUGCUUGCUGUUCCAUUAUUUGAACUCUAUGACAAUGUUCAGAGAUAUGGACCCGUUAUCUCUACCAUUCCGCAGCAGUUGUCGAGAUUCCAGUUCAACUUGAUUUGUUCAUGAAGCUGCCUCAGGCUUGGAUUAUGGAUUUACUGCUCAGAAAUGAAACUUAUUAACAGUUAGUUGAUGUACUUUAUCUUAGGGUCAUUUAUCAGUUCAGCCAUAGGUGACAAGAAAAAUGAUUACAUGCAGCAAUUUAUUGAUAUGUUGUAAUUGGUCU